AUGCGUCUCACUACUAGCGUCAUCGCUGGCUUCAUCGCUGUCGGUGCCGCCACGCCAGCCGGUCUGACAAUCCUGUCAACUUCAACCAGUAGCUCCGCAGAUGCUGUUACGACCCGAUCCACCCCUGUAGAUGGCAACUGGCACAUUGGCUGCGACGCGAACAACUACUGCUCCUACUAUCAGGACAGUGAUAUCGCUGCUGACUCGUCUGCCGACUCGUUAUCGUCUCGCACCAUUACCCUGUCGGAGGCUACGUGCAAGCAGUGUACAAGCCAAGACCCUUGCGAUUACUGUGAAAAUCUUUCAGAAUUCAGUUGCCGAGACUGCGACCACUACCAAUGCGAAGAUGGAUAUUUGCGCUAUCAAACACAUUGCUUCGAUAUCCAGCCAGAGCUUGCUGAGGCCAUUCGCAAUCACACAGGCGUCACUGAUAUCCCAGGCGUCACAGCCACCAUCUACGAGACCGUUACCAGCACCAGUGUUGAGACCAGUUCCAUUGUGCCGCCUACACCAACUUUCGAUUCCACCAUCACCAUCACAAGUACGGCCGCCACAAACACGAUCACACAAAUGGUCUUUCCCCCGAGACGCAGUGUACUAGCCCCUCGCGACGAAGUAGCUUCCAAUGGUGUCGGUAGUCAGCCACAUGUUCGUCGCAAUGCUGCAUUCAAACAGUCGCAGUGUAUGCCCUGUGACGCAUUGACCUGCCCGGAAUGUCACAACGACUGCGCUGAAUGUGAGAAGUUCGUGUGCAACGACUUGGCUGCUCACCUGACCGUUUGCAUGAGCAUUCGCUCGAAGUGGCAGCCUCCCAGCUUCAAUAUCUCUGCUUCAGCACCAAGCGAAACAACAACUGUUGUCGUCAUGCCCCAGCCAGGAACUGCAACUACGACGCAGACCGUACUUUACCCAACCUCCAUCUCGACAAUUCCUCCUCCCUCGGUUUCCACAGUCACCAUAUCGAUUAUACCCUCACCUCCAGCUGUCACGGUUACUGCAUCUGUCCCUCCUGCUAGUACCACCACUGUCGUCGCAGUCCCUCAGGACCCCACGACGAUCACUACGACCAUCCUUUCGGUACCUCCCAUUCCACUUAGUACCGUCACUGUAUACCCCCAGGCUCCGCAGAACAGUGCGAUCAUUGUAUCUUCUCCCCGUCUCCAAACCAGCACUGUGAUAGUGGUUCCUCAACGUCCUCAACCCAGCACUGUGACAAUAACUCGCCAGCGUCCUCAACCCAGCACCGUCACCGUGGAAAAGCCGGCCUCCACCAUCGUCUACCACUAUCAGGAUCCAGCUUCCACCGUUGUCAUACAGCCCCCAACUGUUACUGCUUCGCGCUCCCCAUCUGUGAUCGAGAUUCCUAUGACCAUGAUCACAACCGCGACACAUACGGUAGCCAGAUCAGUUCGUGCGGUACAUACUCCUGCGCCUAUGUCUUCUCGUGAUAUUACCAUGGCCAAAACAACUUGCAACACUUGCGACGGUAACACGGAGUGUGAUGGAUGCGAUUUUGCUUGCGACGAAGAUUGCUUCUACUUUCUUUGCAAAGACGCCGUUAGCGGAUCGGAGGUUUGUGUGAGUGUGCCAGAGGAUGUCAAAGCUUUCAAAGCAAACGAUGCAUCCAUGACUCCCAGCGACUUCCUCGGCUCCGCUGCUAUGCUUUUGGUACUCGAUGACGCCGAAGACUCAACUUCCAAUGCUUCAGCCAGCCACCUACAGCCUGCAGUCUCCAAUGGUACUAGGCCAAACUUUGCUUUUGCUGAGGAGGACUGUUAUCUGUGCGAGGUCGAUGACGAAUCUUGCGGAAUGUGUGACUGGCAGUUCACCUGCGGCACCAAGAAGAGGUGCUUUCAUAAUGGAGCUCGCGAGGUUGUCGAGAUGUGCUUCGAGACUGGCGAGAAGUGUCGUCCCUGA